AUGGAUCAAAGUCUGAUACAUCUCGCAUGUCGCUGGACAAGAACAGCAGCACCGCCUCAAUGAGUAGAAAAGACGAUACACGCAUACAUACAGAUAACCUAUGGGUCUCGCACGCGACCGUUGGGUCUGGACUGGGCGCCGUCGACGCCUCGGGGAUCUUGUCGAUACACAUUCCCCGUAUGAAGAUUACCUCACCCUCUCAUUCUCGGCCAUUCUUCCUGGAAACUCGCUGGCACUGCCCUCUACCAUCUCGACUUGGGUUGGUUGAUCUACUCCCUGAUCAUCCCCGAUCAACGGUUAACGAGAUUGAUGGACCACUUCCCGUGGUAUGGAAAGCGGCAGACCAGGGGGAGCUGUGGAAUUUUGCUCGCCCUGUAAUCUUAACCGGGGCCGACUCAAGCCAGCUAACUUGCUGGAGCCACGGAAAAUCGAUCGCAACUAGUCUUGGAGCCGAUCAGCUGCGUUCCAAUCAUGACACGCUGGGUAUGGAGCAUAGCGAAAAGCAAAACGCAGCAAAAGUACAUCCGUACCUGCCUGACUUCUUCGAGCCAAAAGCAGGGAUGCCCGUGCGUUACAGGGCACCAAGCCUGCAGAGGGUUGUGGAAUUUGUGGAGGUAGGACACGGUGUCGACGGGUUCUUUCCCGGAGGUUUCUUAUGCCCACGCACCCACUUCCUCAGGCAUCUAUCUACUGGGUUGGGUUUGCUGCCAGCUUUGGCAGGCCAGUCACUCAAGUAG